UAGGCAUGAUAGCACUUCCCAACCUCACAAGGAUGUUGUGCGGACACAUACCUUAAAGAGGGUGAGGUGCUCAAAUACUGCAGUGAGGGAGACCAUAAAAGUAACAUGGCUAGAUUUGUUUCCGUACCUAUCAGAUGAGAAACCCACUGCCAACAUGUCUGACACCGAGGAAGUGGAUCAGGUAGAGGAGGAAUACGAAGAAGAAGAAGUUCAUGAGGAAGUUCAUGAACCAGUGCAUGAGCCAGUUCAUGAGCCAGAAGUUCACGAAGAAGAGGAAAAGCCCAGGCCAAAACUGACUGCUCCUAAAAUACCAGAGGGUGAGAAAGUAGACUUUGAUGACAUCCAAAAGAAGAGGCAGAACAAAGACCUGAUUGAACUGCAGGCCUUGAUUGACAAUCACUUUGAGGGCAGGAAGAAGGAAGAGGAGGAACUGCUUGCCCUGAAGGAAAGAAUUGAGAAACGCAGAGCCGAAAGGGCAGAACAACAAAGAAUCCGGGCUGAGAAUGAGAAGGAGCGUCAGGUCAGGCUUGCGGAGGAGAAAGUAAGAAGAGAGGAAGAAGAUGCUAAGAGAAGAGCUGAGGAUGACCUGAAGAAAAAGAAGGCUCUGACCUCCAUGGGUGCAACAUACAGCAGCUAUUUGGCAAAGGCUGACCAGAAGAGAGGAAAGAAGCAGACUGCUAGGGAAAUGAAGAAGAAGAUCCUGGCAGAGAGGCGCAAAACACUCAACAUUGACCACCUGAAUGAAGACAAGCUGAGGGAUAAGGCCAAGGAACUGUGGGAUUGGUUAUACCAGCUGGAAACUGAGAAGUAUGAAUUUUCAGAGAAGAUGAAGAGUCAAAAAUAUGAGAUUACAUCACUACGUAGCAGGGUGCAGGCACUAUCCAAGUUCAGCAAGAAAGCAGGAGCCAAGGGCAAAGUUGGAGGGCGCUGGAAGUAAAGAAACAGGAGGUGACUGCAGGCAGGAUCAUCCCCGGUGGCGUGGCUAAACAUCGCUGGCCUUCCCCUGCCCCUUUCACAAAUCAGUUUCACUCUCAUGCUUGAGCAAAACUACAGCACCAGCCUGGAUUGCCUACUCCUUUUUUAAGGACUCCAGCAGCAUCCUGAACCAAAAGGAAGGAGGUCCCCGUGGAACAGAGAUGACUCCCUGCUGGCACCUUUCCUGCUUCAUGUGUCCUUUGUUUUCCUGACACCAGCCCUCUGCUCCGCAUAGAUUGCUAUGUAUGAAUCUCUGGAUUUUGUAAAUAAAGUGUGACCGAUACCUACUUCAAUUAUA